GAAACACAUUUUGACUUUUCAUAGAAUCAAAACAACGGUGCAUGUAAUUUAAUAUAAAAAAGUAACUUUCUUGAGUGUAAAAUACAAGAAAAAGAUAAUAUACAAAAAAGAUCAGUCCCUAUAAAAAUGCACAAAUGUUAUAAAACUUGAUUAAUUGGAAAGUAACGUAUGGUCCAUUUGUAGUUCUUGUAAAAAUUAAUAUAACCUGAACUUUAGUAUUUUAACAUUAAAUUAACAAUGCGUUAUGCACAGUUAGUUGUGGGCCCAGCGGGCAGUGGAAAAUCCACCUACUGUUCCACAAUGGUGAAACAUGCGACUGACACCAAGAGGCUUAUAGAGGUUGUAAACCUGGACCCGGCAGCAGAACAUUUUGAUUACCAGCCUCUAGUGGAUAUUCGAGAGUUAAUACAUCUGGAUGAUGCUAUGGAGGAUGAAGAACUGCAGUUUGGGCCAAAUGGAGGCCUUGUAUUUUGUAUGGAAACACUAUUAGAAAACUGUGAUUGGCUGGAAGAGCAACUAGGAGAUGUGGAUGAUGAUUAUAUACUGUUUGAUUGCCCGGGACAGAUUGAGUUGUAUACCCACUUACCAGUUAUAAAGAGGCUGGUUGAUCAGCUGGAGAAGUGGAAUUUCAGAAUAUGUGUUGUGUUCAUGAUCGAUUCUCAGUUUAUGGUGGAUGGAGCAAAGUUUUUGUCAGGAACAAUGGCUGCUCUCAGUGUGAUGGUGAACUUAGAAUUGCCACAUGUUAAUAUUUUAACAAAGAUGGAUUUAUUGAGUAAAUCGGCCCGCAGACAACUUGAUAAUUACCUAGAUCCAGACCCCCACAUAUUACUAGCUGAUAUGAGGAACGUUAAAUCCCGAUGGCACGAGAAAUACGCUAAACUAACAGAAGCUAUCGGUGAAGUUAUCGAAAACUUUAGUUUGGUUCGCUUCUACCCGCUUAACAUAAAGGACGAAGAGAGCAUAGACAAUAUAUUGAUCACCAUAGACAAUAUAAUACAGUAUGGCGAAGAUGCAGAUGUCAAAAUUCGUGAUUUUGAUGAACCAGACCCGGAAGAAGGGGACGAUUGUUCUUGAAAUAAAGCAUUGAUUUAAAA